GGAUCUUUCGCCAACUGAGCCAGAUAGGCUUUCUGUUGCUACCGUGUAUUCAUAAGUAGAAAACGUCCAUUGAGAAAAGAACAGAUUAGUUCAUUCCCACGCCGUCUUUAUCAUUUAAACUUCAACGGUCAAAAUAAGAACAAGACAACAGAAUUUUAAUAUUUUCAUUUAAAAUUAACGAGGAGAGAGUUUAUUUUGGUGACAAAAUGGAUUAUACACUUCUAGUUUUAUGUUUGUGUGCCUCGGCAGUAUUGGGUGAGAACGAUGUUACAGAAUGUACAGCCAAUGAGUACUUCAAAAAGGAAACAGGCGAAUGUCUCCCCUGCACUCUUUGUAGGGCUUCUAACACCAUUAUACGUGUUCCGUGUUCAAAGUUGGCUGACACAGUGUGUGGACCCUUUUUAGAGUUUGACAGGUUUCAUCAGGCCCCCAUCAUCAACCUGCUGCCCGCAGACAAUGAUACCACCAAGGUGUUGGUGACGGGGCCCAUCUCCGGGGGGUCAUUCGAGUCCACCAAGUCCCAAGGGAGUGUCCCGGUGGAGAGGGUGACGGACGAGCGGUGGUACACCCUGGCCAUGGCUCUGGUGGGAGUCCUGUCCGUCGUGUCAGUGAUUAUCAUCGUCUACAUCACCAUCUACUGCUUUGUGUGCAGGAAACACCGGGAAGAAAAGGAACUCAUUUAUUACCCAGAGCUCUGUGCAUCUGCUCCAGAAACACCAAGAGUUUUGACACCCAGGAUGACAUCACGUGAUCGGCUGAAGAAACAUAUGAUUACGUCAUAUAGAGAAGAAACAGGCGAUACUUACGGAGCAACAUCAAACCAAGUGGUGGUCUUGGCUAAUGGUUUCGAACCAUGCCUGGCCACCUGCGAAGCAUCUACAGACAGCGACGAAAACAGUGGACAAACCAUUUCUUCGUCUUCUACAAAUUAUGUGUACUUCAAAGCACCGCCUUGCGCCAAUGUUUGACAUGUUUAAGGGAUUGUGUCUCAGUUACAAAUAUACAUUCCAGGAGAGUGUGUUUACCGUCCAAAUUAUACUUACAGAGAUUAAAAAUAUAUCGUGUUCAGAUUUGUACAUAUUACAUGUAAUAUUGAGAUUAUUUUGUUUGGUGCAUACGUACACAAUAUAUUACUUGUACGAUGGACACCGAUUAUGACACUUUGUGACCAUUCAUGUUGAACUUUGCGAUUCAAAAGAGCUGGUUUUGAAUUUUUACACAGUUCACACAUCCGAAAAUCAUUCAUCACACCAUUCAGUGACCGUGUUGAAUUGGUCACGUAAAGGUGUGGUUAGAGGACCCUUCAUUUGAGUCGAGUCUGUGGACUGAAGUGAGGGAUCUUAAUCUUUUUCCUGCUUGAUUGUGCCUCCUGCUGGCUCAGUGGACAAUGCUGGUCAGCUACCCUGGCCCGAGUGACCCCAUGACCUGGGAAAUCGAUGUCCAUUUAUCCCUGCAACCCGUCAUGACUCAGGAAAGGAAUUGCCAAAAAUCUAGUUAAUGUAAAUAGGAGAAUGCACCCAGACAAAUGAAGCCCAGUUUUUUGCUCCAGAAAGAGAAAUGUUCAUUGUGUAUACACUUUUUAUUUUUAACAGACAUGCACUUAUGUUACACAUGUUCUUUUGAUAUCCAGACUUUUGUUUAAUGAACUUUUUUUCUUGUUUCUGUAAUUCACUUUGUACAAUACACAGAAGUGAUGUUUACUUUUUACUCCAAGUGUUUGAAGUUAUUUUGAUACUUGCAUUGCAUGUGCUCCUAAAACAACUGUCUUGCCAAAAUAUAAUUGUUCUUUAAGAAAUAAGUAGAUGUUUCUCGCAUUACUUGUUCAAUCGGCUGUGAUAUUAAUUUUUGUAUAUUUAAAUGUAUGUACACGUACUUGUAUUUAUUUUUCUAAACGCUAACAGACAAAACACACAAAGGCAUUUAUGCAUUGCUUUUCUUGAAAAUGCAAAUGAAGCUGUUUUUGAAUAAAAAGAAUUCGAAUUAGA